AUGCCGAUGCCGGGGGACGAGGGGGCCGCGGCGGCCAGGCAGCCCCCGUCCGGCGAGGCGGCGGCACCGCGGGACGAGGAGCAGCAGGAGGAAGAAGGCGAGGAGGAUCUUCGCGACGGCGGCGUCCCCUUCUUCGUCAACCGCGGCGGGCUGCCCGUGGAUGAGCCCACCUGGGAGCGGAUGUGGCGGCAUGUGGGCAGGAUCCACCCCGAGGGGGAGCGGGUGGCGCAGAGGAUCCGGGGCGCCGCCGACCUGCCCAAGAUUCCCAUACCAAGUGUGCCUGUGUUCCAGCCGUCCACCCCCAUCCCUGAGCGCCUGGAAGCCGUGCAGCGCUACAUCAGGGAGCUUCAGUACAAUCACACUGGGACACAAUUCUUUGAGAUUAAGAAGAGCAGACCUCUGACUGGGCUGAUGGACCUGGCCAAAGAAAUGACCAAAGAGGCCCUGCCAAUAAAAUGCCUGGAAGCUGUGAUCCUGGGAAUUUACCUCACCAACAACAUGACCACACUGGACCGUUUCCCCAUCAGCUUCAAAACCCACUUCUCAGGGAACUACUUCCGACACAUCGUGCUGGGGGUGAACUUUGGCGGCCGCUAUGGGGCACUGGGCAUCAGCCGCCGCGAGGAGCUGAUGUACAAAGCACCUGUCUUCCGCACACUGAGCGAACUCAUCUUUGACUUCGAGGAGGCCUAUCGCCGCUGCUGGCACACGCUGAAAAAGGUGAAGCUGGGCCACUGCGUGUCCCAUGACCCACACAGUGUGGAGCAGAUUGAGUGGAAGCGCUCCAUCCUGGAUCUGGACAAGCUAACACGGGAAGACUUUCGCAAAGAGCUCGAGAGACAUGCCCGUGACAUGAGGCUGAAGAUUGGGAAAGGAACUGGACCGCCAUCUCCCACCAAGGACAGAAAGAAAGAUGUCUCCUCCCCACAAAGAGGUCAGGCCAGCCCCCAUCGGCGAAACAGCCGUGGGGACCGACGGCCAUCUGGUGAGAAGAAGCCUGCCGAUCCCAAAGCCAUGCCAGACCUCAAUGGGUACCAGAUCCGGGUAUGAAGAGAGCUGUGCCUUGUGUGCCUGCCUCCAUGGACUUCUUGCUGGCCACAGUUGGGACCUGGAUCCACCUGCAGUGAUUCUGACAAAUGGAACAGGGGAGUGGGAGCAAAAGAGACUGCUGAUUUUCCCAGGUGCUUACUAGUGGGCCAGUCCCAGAGCUGGAUCCCAUGGGUCCCAGAGGAUUCGCCUGCCUGUUUCUGGGAGAGGUGACCAUCUUAAUUCACUUAAGUAUUUUUAAAAAAAAAUGGAAAAAAGAAAAAAAUAUGUACAUUAGCGGGAGUUCACUUCAGGAAGAAUAUUAAGUGAGUGGGGUCAGUGGACUUGCUAUCUUUACCUUGACAGCAAGUAGAUGGAGCAUCUUGUCAACAGUACUUCUUCCCUGUGUGCAGUUUUCAACCCCUGCAAGGCCUGCAGGGCUGAGGGAGAAGUGAUGCUGGAAUGGGAUGGCCCCUGAAUCUUGUACAAAAACUCCUGGUUUUGUCAUUAUGAACACUUUGUUUAUCAUUGUUCUUGUGAGAGUAGGUCUGAAUUUGCUCAGCCUGAUUUAUUGACCAUACAAAGUCUUCUUAUCCAGAAAAAACACAUCUUGUAUGUUUAGUCCUGCCUAUUUCAAAGUAUUUCAUUGUCUCUGAGGGGGUAGACAGUGGAAUGCUAGUGAACUGUUGCUGUAGGCCCUUUGGUGGUUGAGUGGAUCAGGAUAUGCCUAUAUCACUGCUACAUGAAAACAGGCAUAGAGAGCUCAAUUGUUCUAGCAAUGGAGAUGGGGCAAGUGGGGGCUGGUGGAGAACCUGAACUUCACAUCAUCUGUUUAUCAGCCUUCUCUCUACUAACUUCUGGUGGCUGCUACUCAGAAAGCUUGUGGCAGGCACUUCAGUCACUGAGGUACGAGUUUUAAGAGUAAAAAGUUAAAGAAGGAUGUAAUAAUGUGAACAGGUUUUACAACCAUUUUUUCCUUUCCACAAGGCUCUUGCUCCUUCCUCCCUGUUGUGUUAGUGCCAGAGUUGCAUACACCUGUUUGGGAGAAGGUCUACUCAAGGAAAUUGCAGCUGCUUUCCUGACAGCUCAGCUUGGAGCCUCCUGAAAGCAGUUUCCCACCCCAGUGCCAGAGCUGUGCUUGUGUUCCGGCUCUUUGGAAAGCUGCAGUAUCUAAUAGCACCACUUAUACUAACCUUUCCCAAAGGGCUGGGCUGGGCCUUUCUGCCACUUGUGGCCUUUACUUCCUAUGCUUCUUUUGGGGGAGUGUUGUACUACUGAUUCAGCAGUGUAAUGCUUGUCAGAAAUCUGGAGUAUUGUCAGGAUCUCUCUGUCUGAGGCCUAGGCCAUGGGAACAGUGGGAUUUCCAGAAGUCAGAACAGCAUGGUCUUAAAGUGAUUUGGAUGCAUGGAUCUGGGGGAUGCAUAAACUGAGCUUGGGAGUGGGAGUAUCCUGGAGAGAAACAGUCUUGUUUUAUCACAGCACUGACAAGGAGCUACACUUUCUGAAAUACCACAUAUUUAAUUUUGUUAGAACUGAGCUUAUUCUUUCCUUUUUGAUUUGUUAGAAACAUGAUGGAGCUUAGCUCUACUAGUUUUUUUGUUACAGUAUUCCUGUGCCACAUCCUCAUAAUAAGUAGAGCUAUUUUGGUGGCAGAGAAUGGGUUCUUAACCCCAAACAAAUCAGCUCUUCUGCCUAGUUAAAGCAGUUAAUCCUCGAAGCACCACCCACAAGCGAUUUAACUCAGACCUUACAGGUUCCUAAUUGCCCAUCCUUAACUGUGACGUAACUUGCAAGACGUAUCCAUACCACUGCAGUCAGUCCUUCCAAUCUCCCUUUGUAGUCUGUACUUUUCUGCUGUGCUGUACAACCAAGAGGAAAAUCUGUAAGAAGGUGGCAGAACUUGCUGCUGAGCCAAGAGAAGGUUAAUCCAGAAGAGGAUGCCAGUUUCCACACUACAGUGCAACACCUGUCCACUCCCUUAUAGUCCAGCUACAUGCAACAACUGAAGUUAACUACAGCAGGAGCCAAGCACCCAUUUGAACGUGUCCUCUGGUCAUUUUUGUGUGGCUGUAAAUUAACAUGUUUGGUGUCUGGAUGCUAACCAUGAUGCAGCCUUUACAGCUAACAUCAUUGUUAGCAUCCAGACACUAAAUAUGUCAAAAGCUACCUGUAAAUAAUGUGGGCCACUUGGAAGCCACAAACUGCCUUUGCAUAAUGUUUACUAUGCAGCCGACUGAAAGUUCAGAUGCCACUGUGAAUCAUAUGAUAAAUACAAGCAGCAGUCAGCAAGGGGAAACUGACUGUCAGGUUUUAUUAUAAAGUGGAUGAAAUCCAGAAUUUAAAGACAAUUAUAAAAGAUGCCUAGAAUGCAUCUUAACUAUGACUUUGUUUCUUCAAUCGGUUAGUUAAUUCAGAGUAACUGGAGAGCUGUUGAGAGUAAUUAGUUGUUUAAUACAGAGAACAUUGAGCUUUUUUAGACAGAAAGGGGAAAUGUGGGGGUGAGAGGAAGACUGCAACAGAUGAGACAAGUGAGGGGUCAGCUGCAAGUUAAUGAUGCUUUCUUGAGAGCAGGGCAACAGGGGUGUUCAGCAGCAUUAGAUCACCAAGGCAGAAUGGCUUAAAACAAAAUGCUUUGUUUGACUUUGUAAUUAAGAGCUUUCCUGCAGGAUGUAACUGAGGCCAAUAGCUUAGAAAAAGCUAUUAGCUUAGAAAAAGCAAAGGAAAUGGAUGUUUAAGAUAUGAAUGACAGGUAGAGUUCAAGGUCUCUUAAUCCUCAGCUGCAGCUAGACAAGAACAUCCUCUUUCAAGAUCUACUUGCACAAUUAUAUAUGUUAUGAAGUAUUUCAUUCUUUGCUUGUAUCUAAUGUUGAUUAACUUCUCAAGAUGGAUACAGGAGCAGACAGGGUUACCAUUUCAGGCCUUCUACUGUGUUUCUCUGUGUAGAAUUCCUGCUCCUUACUGUUUCUGUAUCUCCAGUUCAGGAGAUGGUACAAGAAACUGGAAAAGGACCAUAGAGUUCUCCUGUUCUUGCUCUUGCUCCCCCCAUCUUUGUAACAGGAUGAAUCACUUCAAUAGUGAUUGCUUUGCUUCCUUCCUAACAAACAAAACCACAUCCUUCCAUGACAGAGAGAAUUAAUGCAAUCUAGCUUUAUGCUGUAAGAAAGCUGAGGGUACAGUGCAAGACAAAGUUUGGCACUUCGACUUCUUUCCUCCCCCACCUACUUGGUCUGGUUUCUGGUCUGUCUGCCUUUAACCAUAAGGAAGAAAGGCUGAUGAUGAGUCUUUUUCACUUCUGCAGGCUUUAGAGCUACACAGAAGGAAUGAUAAUGUAAGUCAUACUCCUUUAGUGCCUGCAGAACAAGGAAGAUGGAUCUCAAGGAGUCCUGUUAAUUUUUUAAUGUUAAAUAUUAAUAGGGUCGCUCAUGUAGCUCUGUGAUCUAAAUUUCACUGUUCAGUAGGUUUCACAUGGUAUCUGUUCUGCAGUACAAGUCCUGUGAACUCUGUGGAAAGGAACUGUGCUUGUACACUAGGAAUGGAUAGACACUGCCUGCAUUGUAUGCGAAGCUGAGGUGAGCUUUGAAAGACUUCAACAAAUGCUGACCUAUUACUGGCAAAACUAUUCUAAAUGUAAUGCAAACCUUGAAAUAAGAGCCCCUCUUUAUGCUUUUAUGUAGACAAGUCCCUUGAUACCUGGCCAACUGCAAUUUUUUUAAUGGACAGAUUCGUUAAUUGAGCAAAACCUUCUGCUACAGCAUCACUCUGAUACAAACUUUGUAUAUUAAAGAGCAGGGUUGGGUGUCCAUCAGUCUGUGACAUACUUUUUUUUUUUACUGGUAGAAGCUAAAGGAGUCUUUAGGAAAUUGGUGUGUGUUAGCAAGUGUUUUAGGUAGGAGUGGAGUGCUUUUUUUCAGUUACUAUUUUACCUGUGGGCCAGGGUAUGGGUCAGUACUGUUUCCUUGGAUCUAUCAGAAUAAAUGAAUCCAGAACUGUAGUUGAAACAUAGUUUCUGUUCACAUAAUAGUUGUGUUGCUGUUUUCAAAUCUGCUUAACAGGAUGAAUUUUCUUUUAAGUAUUUCAGGUGAAAGCCUUAAUCAGGUGCCUGCCCCCUAAGGCAGAUUAAUGUGUGGUGUGGUGUGGUAUAGACUGGAAUAUGACUGUCCUUAAAAUUUCAGAGUUUAAGAAGGCAUAAAGAACAGAAGAAAGCUCCUGUUAGCCAAAGGGCAAGAGUCUGGAUUAGACUGGCUUGACCUUGCUCCAGUGGCUCUGGCUAGUCACUUCAGGUGGUUGCUUUAGCUACCUGCUUCUUCUGAGUGAUGUAUUUCAAGUGGUCCUGAUGAUCAAACUGUAGGUAUAGGCAGGGGGUGUCCCAGGUGUAUUGUGUGUGCAAGUCUGGCUGAAAUUACACCACACAUCCCAGUGGCCUUGCACUGUUAUCCUGACAACAUUUAGACCUGCAUUAUGGAUUUCUAACUUUACUUAACAAAGCAAGUGCUAUUCUGGCUUGAUGUUUGCUCUCCCAGAGAAAGGUGGAGAUGGCCUCUCUACAGCCAAGCUGAACUCCUUAAGGAAUUUAAUAUUUUUGUGUGUCUUCUGAGCAGGUGUUUACUUGUAUCACAGCCACUCUCCUUCAGUGGUGCCCUGGCCCUUUCUGCUCCAGAGCAAUGCAGUUUAGGCUCAGAAGGCUCCUGAAUCCCCCAUAAUCUCUGCAGAGCAGAGUUUCCCUCCAGGUCAGGGUUGAGAUGGUGCUAGUGGGACCAGAGCGGUCCCCUUCCAUGCACACCAGUAUUCCACUCCAGCACCGACAGGGUGCUGCAAAACCAUUUACAUCUUUAUCACUGGUACAGCUCAGAACUAAGAAAUUGAAAGUUUCUUUCUUUAAGAACAGUAUCAUGUGUGUCUUUUUGUAAUUAAUCAGUGUGGUUCUGUGUUCUUAUGUAGCCAACACAGAAUUUUUAUUUAGAUUUAGGUUUUUACUGCACUUCCCAUGGCCUUCAUGUUGAUACUUCUUCCAGCUUCCUUUGACACUUAGACAAUAAAAUUCCCUCUGUACUGCUCUCAGCUUGUGCAGAGAAAACAA